AUGUCUUCUUUCGAAAACAGCAACGUUCUUUCCCCCCAUUUUGAGAAAGCCAUCAACAGGAGACAGUCUACGGCCAAACUAUCGUCAUCAUUGGCAAACACACCUGCCUCUGCCUCGCAGUUGACGACCAUAUACAGAGACAGACACUCGUCUGCGUCGACAAACGGGGGAACAGAAGGUAACAGUGUUCCCCGCCAUUCGAGUUCCUUCUCAGCUAACCUCGGGUCCGCUAUGCCUUCAAACUCUCCAAGGAAACCGGUCUUUGCCAAUUCGUUUUAUAUCAACACAUCGACAUCGCCGGCUGUCGAGUCUGAUGAUGAGUCGAGUGCAAGCACAAGUGCAAAUGCUAACGGAAACUCGAAUCCUACUUCUAAUGCCAACAUGACCAACAACGAUGUAAUGUUUCAUGCAGUUUCGCCAGCGGGUUCGUAUGGCUCGUUUGUCAAUGAUUCCACCAUCGUGAAGAACGUGGCAAAACAUCUCCCCACUGAUCCUCAAAAUGCCCUCAAGUUACCUUCGGGUGAUAUCACGAGAGAUUUAUACCAAUUGAAUCAACAAUCGGCUCUAAGGAGAUCCAAAUCCAACGAGUUUUUGGCCGAUCGUAGGGGUUCUAUGGCCUCCCAGAUGCGAUUACCAGGAGGGUUUCGAAGAGACUUUAUACAAAUGAAGAAACAGAAAUUCGGAUAUACAUUGUCCCAGCCAUCAUUUUUGACCAAAAACUUUCUAGAAUUUUUGACCAUUUAUGGACAUUUUGCAGGUGAAGAUUUGGAAGAUGAAGAUUUCCUAGCUUGCGAUAUCGAUACCAGUUCCGAUAAGCAGGACGAGGAGUCUCCUCUGGUAUCUGGUCAAAGACACGCCGUGAAGGAAGAUACAAAGAAGAGCUCUUCUUUAAAGGCUUUUUUCCUUUUGAUCAAGGCAUUCAUAGGUACUGGUGUGUUGUUCUUACCCAAGGCAUUCAGCAAUGGUGGUUUGGUGUUUUGUGUUAUACUACUAUUCUUCUUUAGUGUUUUGUCCUACUUUUGCUAUUACUUUUUGGCACAAUCUACAUUUACGUCGGGAAUUUCGUCAUUUACAGAAUUGGGUAAUAAAACAUUCGGUAAAAACCUGAAAAGGCUCAUCUUGAUAUCAAUUGUUGCGUCCCAGAUUGGGUUUGUUGCUGCGUACACCGUGUUUACAGCAGAAAACUUGAGGGCGUUUGUCAGAAAUACAGUGAGACUCGAGUUCCCACUAUACUAUUUUGUUAUAUUUGAGACAAUCUGCUUUGCACCAAUGUCCCUAAUUAGAAAUAUAACAAAAUUGUCAAUUGCUGCAUUGUUGGCCAACAUAUUCAUUUUGACCGGUAUUGCAACAAUUGUCUUUUACACGGCAAAAGAUUUAAUCAAGAACGGACCUGCCGAAGUUAAACUCUUCAAUCCAGAUAGUUGGUCUUUGUUUGUAGGUGUGGCAAUUUUUGCCUUUGAAGGGAUUGGCUUGAUCAUUCCAAUCCAGCAAUCUAUGAGAAACCCAGAAGAUUUCCCCAAGGUGUUACUUGCAGUGAUUUCUGUUUGCUGUUUUCUAUUCAUUGGUAUUGGUUGGUUAUGUUACGCAACUUACGGCGAGGACGUUCAAACUAUGGUCAUACUCAACCUCCCCCAAGAUUCUUACGCAGUCAUCUCUAUCCAAUUCUUUUACUCUUUGGCAAUCAUGUUAUCUGUCCCCUUGCAGCUUUUGCCUGCAAUCAGGCUAAUGGAAGCUAGACUCUUCAAGCGCAGACAGAGCGGUAGAGUGGACCCAAAGACAAAAUGGUACAAGAAUAUAUUCAGAGUUAUGGUCACGCUUCUCACAUCAACCAUUGCUUACUAUGGAUCCGCAAAUUUGGAUAUGUUUGUCUCCUUUAUUGGCUCUGUUGCAUGCAUUCCAUUGGUUUACAUGUAUCCUCCAAUGAUACACUACAAAAUUGUUGCGCAGGGUAGAUUUGCUAGGUAUGUUGACGCCAUCAUUGUCUUGGUUGGUGGCGUUUCCAUGGUUUACACAACAUUUCUUCUCUUUGUAUAA